AUUUUCCACACACCUACGCGAAAACUACACCCCGCGAAAACCCCUAACUAUAAAACCCUUCUGGACACCCCAUCAAACCCACUUUUUCCGCACUUCUUCCUCACACUCCAUACACAAUGGCCAGCGAAUCAGUAGACCUGCUUCUAGACAAGGCUGUCGAUGUAGAUGCUGACUUGCGCUACAUGGCGCUCAGCGACUUCAGCAAGCUCUUGGAGAGCAGCGCCACCGCCUUCACCGAGCGCUCCAUCGACAAACUCAUUCCGGUGCUCUUCAGCGGAUUGGAAGACUCCAAUACCGACGUGCAGAACCAGGCGAUCCGGUGCUUCCCGCUUCUCAUCCGUCUCUUGCAGAACGGCAAGGUGGUGGCGAUCUUGGCACGGUUAGCCGCCCAGCCCAACCCCAACGCCAUCACGACAUCCAUCCACACGGUCGCACUCAAGGCGUGUUUAAAGAGCUUGACAGUGCUGCAGAACGUGGCCCGCGAAAUUGUCGAGGCUUUAUUGCCGUUGGUUGGCGCUGCAGCCUCGCUUGACACGAUUGAGGUGUUGGCUGACGUGGUCACGUAUCUCGGCGGGAGCUUCAACGCCGCCGAAUUGGACGCCACGGUUCAAGUUUUGGUGCUGAUUGCCUACGCCGCGGAUGGAUCCCUCAGCAGAAAGGCCAUUGCCGCUCUUGGCUCUGUGUCGAAGUUUGCUACCGCGGCUCAGUUUCUGGCCUUGCUUGCCGCGGUCAAUGCUCAGAACGGCGAAAUUACGCGCCUUUCGAUCUACACGGCGCUCAGUGGCUCCGAAAAGAGUAAGCUUCUUGUCCACUUCGAGAGCGUAUUUACCGUCGUGGUCGAGAGCUUGCGCGUAGACGAACUUGAGGUGGUCGACGAUAUCGACGACCAGAUCAAGCUCGAUGAGCUCAGAGACCACGCUUUUACUGCGCUUAUUUCAUUGGUGCCCGCGCCGCACGCGAUAUUUGCGGCAUAUGCCCGCGGUGUGCUUGAAAUCUGUCUGCGCUUCCUCGCGUACGACCCGUACGGGGAAGACGAGGAGAAUGAAUUCUCUGCAGACGAGUUUCUGGAGGAUGAUGAAGAAAGUUUCGAUAUUGCAUGGCGCUUGCGCAAGCAGGCUGCUGCCACUAUUCGCAUUGUUUGCACCCACCAUCCGUUGACCUUACCCUUGGUCUAUGAAGUUGUGGAUUCCCUUAUCAGCCAUCUUGAUGACUCCAAUGAAAACGUAUCUAACGAGGUCAUUGCCGCGUUGGGCGUCAUUGUAGAAACUACCUCACACCACGGACCGUACUAUGCGAUAAAGUCCUUCACUGCGGUCAAGUCUGAAGAUGCCAGCAUGCGGUUAGAGAGUGACCCACACACCGUUUUGACGACUCUCGUGCCUGAGAUAACCGCCAAGCUCUCUCCUUUAAUAACUGUCAUGCGUUUGGGCGUGCUUCUCGCCUUCUUUAAGAGUUUAAGCGCCGUCACCGGGUUGGGUAAUGUGGAGAGCUUGCUCGCGGCCGUGGGCUCGUGUAAAUCCCAGAGCACCAUUGUGGACGUGUUGAGCUUCUAUUCAGUCGUUCUCAGGACUAACCCCGCGGCAGCGUGUGGGAACCAGUUACAGAAGAUUGCGGAUGAGAUUACCAGCGGUCUUCAGAGUUCCUCCCACAGCGUCGUCCUCGAGGCGUUAAAAACCGCAUCGGACUUGUUUGAGUGCGGUGCGAGUGUCAAUUUGACCGCCCUUCAGCUGUCUUUGUUGGAAAAGGCGGUGUCCAAAUCCUAUCCCAGCACCGUGCGUAAUAAGGCAAUUCUCGCCUUGGCCAGUAUGGUCACUGUCUCCAGCUCUGCACUCCUUCCCAUUUUGGAUAUCUUGACAGAAUGCUUCGGCUACGAAGCCAUCACCGAGUCUGCGGUCAUCGCUACCCGCAAGAUCUGCCAGGACUCGCACCUUGUGGCUAGUAUUCCCCAUGCGUGGUUCAAUACCACCGCUGUCACCUUGUGCCAGCUCCUUGCGGCUGCUACCGCAUCCUUGAAGACUACUGUGCUUGAAACCAUCGCGGUGAUCGUGCAGGCCUCUGCUGUGGAGGCCUCAGCCAUGGAUGCCGUAGUGGUAGAGAUAGUUGUUCAGAAUGCGCUGGUUGAUGAUGCGAAGAAUCUUGCCGCUUCCUUCGCCAUUAUCACCAGCCUCGUGACUCCCGCCACGGAUCUUGCAGUGAUCGUAGCGCUCAUCAACCGCGCAUUGCAGGCACAGCUGGAUGAUGCAGCAGUGGUUUUGUUGGUCCAGAAAUUGAGCACGUUCAGCGGAGCCGACUUGUAUGCCGCGAUUACCGACGCCAACGACAAGACCGAUGUGGUUUCAAAGGUGUUGGCCGCCAUUGCCGUAGAAGCACAGCUAGCUGCGGUAGUCCAACAGUCAGAGAUGGAAUGGGCUGCGGGGCAGGACGUGUUGUUCAACACGCAGUUCUUGGGCUACGUCAGCCAGAGUGUGGCGUUGUCCGUUGGGAUCGAUGCCUUUUUGAGCAAAUUUGAUGAUGAAGACGCUGCCAUUCGGAACGCUGCCGCUAAGGCUGUGGGUUGCUACGUCUCACGCGACACUGACGCUUAUCUUCCCAUCUUACUUGACACCUUGAACAACCAAGAUGCUCACUACCGCCGCUUGGUGCUUAUCGCGGUGAAAUGCCAACUUCAGUUGACCUCAGUCAACGAUGCUCAUACUACAUUAAUUUGGGCCGCCAUUAUCCGCACUGAGCAGACCGUCACGGAUGUUCUGGACGAGGCUGCGUUGGCGGGCGAGUGUCUUGCACUUAUUAGUGACCUGGAGCGGUUCACUGAACUUACAGAGCUCGUGACAUCCGGUGCCUCCCCAUCAGUGGUAUACACGUUUGUGUCCGCGUUCAAGCGACUUGUAUCGCGGGGUGAUGACGAUAUGACCAGGGUGAUCAAUGCGGCGUUUAUUACCGUUGUGGAUUCGCUCCAGCUGGAGAAUAUUGCAAUCAAGAGAGCGGUGCUUGACACCUUGGUGUCCACCGCCCACAGCUCGUUCGAUAUGGUGAUGGCCACUUUGGACUACGCGCUUCCGCUCAUCUACAAGGAGCUAGACCCUCGCCCAGAAUACAUCCGAUCGAUCCAGAUGGGGCCCUUUAAGGUUAAGAUCGACGACGGCUUGGAGAUCCGCAAGCUUGCAUACGAGUGUUUCCACAUCAUCGUCACGCGCUUGGAGGAGGCGUCGGGUGCUCACGAUCUCGAUUUCUAUAACGAGCUCUUGGAGAAUGUGCUCGAGAAGGGAUUGAAGGACGAUCACGACAUCAUUAUGUUGAGCUGUGCCAUUAUCGCUAGCAUCAUUCCCCAGCAGCUGGAGCUUUUGGGAAAUGUAACCACGAUGGAUAAGUUUACCGCCAUGAAUAUGGCUAUCGUAAACAAGAAGAUGAAGGAAAACUCACCAAAGCAACAGGUGGAAAAGCAGGAGGAGGCCGUUAAGGCCGUGAUCGCCUCGACCAAAAAGAUCGACGAUUUUAUCACCGCCAACGACGUCAUCUGGGCCACCGGCUUGCAAAAGUGGAUGGCGUACACCAGCGAUUUGCAGUCCAAGUUCGGGACACUCUUCUAAAAUAGUCUUAGCUUCAAGGAUGCUAAAACUCGGUUGAAUACCUGAAACAUACCUGAUUUCGCUCCUAAGCACGUAUUAUAUCUGUGUGAUUUGCUCGUAGGUUCAGCUAAGUCUACUUUUAACUCUUAGUCCAUAACUAGAAAUUGUAUCAUAUCAGUUAUUUAGUUUCCAACAUUUUGCCCUACGGUGAUUUCAUUUGGCUUCAAAUUAGGGGAUGAAACGUAAAAUUGACCCCUUAUCUGCACGUGCUGGCAGUGACGAAAUACCAGGGUUCUUUGUCCGUGGACCACCUCAAAAUCGAGACAAGGAUGCGUGGGAAAAUAUCCAAGUCUAGUGGAUUUAAACAUCCCCUUUAUGAGUCAGAGUGCAAAUCUGUCCUACUAACGUACCUUUUAUUCGUAAGACAUAGAUAUUGCUUGGGGUGGGGAUCGCUGUGUGUUAACAAAUCUGUGCUUGUGCCACAGCCAAAGAAAAAAAAAGUGA